CGUCAUGAACACACUCCUACCUCCCUGUCAACUGCACUGUGGUGAAAUCUGAGCUCCGGACGGAUUGUUUCCGCUUACUUCCCUCUCCUCGCCUACUACGCUAGUAGCAACAGGCAUGCUACUAUCAGAAGUAAACUGCAGAAGCAGCUAAACUUGAAGACGUUUUUUUUUUUCCCUCUGUCAUCAUGGGUGACUCGGACGCUGCCAGGGCCUUAACUCGCAGGAGGAGGGCGACUUUGGCGGCGGGGAGAAGUGCGAGUUUGCUGCCGAUGGACGGGAGGUCCGCAGCGGUGUGUCAGAACUCAGUGGCCGCUGAGUUUAGCAGGGAUGGUGGUCAGGGAAAACGAGAGCGUUCACUGGAGACAGUAAGGUCUAAAUCAAAGAGUGAGAAAAAGAAACGCAGGAAUGAAAUAAGUGACCGACUGAGCUGUCAUAAGACACAGCAGUCCCUGCUGAGUUCAGCCAGUGGUUACAGUAACUACAGAGGAGUCCUCAACUGGUGUGUGGUUAUGCUGGUACUAAGUAAUGCUCGCCUCUUCUUAGAGAACUUGUUAAGGUACGGUAUUCUGGUGGACCCUAUUCAGGUGAUUUCCUUGUUUCUGAAUGAUCCCUACAGCUGGCCAGCAGCAUGCCUGGUGAUUGUGUCCAACGUGUUCAUUCUGGUGGCUCUCUACACAGAAAGGCAGCUGUCAAAGGGUUCAUUCAGUGAACUUGUGGGAUUUCUGGUUCAUUGCACUAACAUGGCAGUCAUGCUUACAUUUCCUGCUGCAGUGGUCCUAUUGGUCCCCUCCGUGACCCCAGUUGGUGGUGUGUUCGUUCUUGGUACUUACACCAUCCUCUUCCUAAAGCUGUACUCUUAUAAGGACGUCAACAUGUGGUGCAGAGAGCUGAGCACUGUCAAGGCCAAGAAACUGGCCAGGUCGCUGUCUUGUCCCUCAGGACAACACCUCAAUGGAGGCGACCGACAGGUGUGUUACCCUGGCAACCUCACAAUCAGAGACAUGUACUACUUUGUCUUUGCUCCGACUCUGUGCUACGAGCUCAACUUUCCUCGCUCGCCUACUAUUCGCAUGAGUUUCCUGCUGAGGAGACUGUUUGAGAUGCUGUUCUUCACCCAGCUGCUAGUUGCUCUCACUCAACAGUGGAUGAUUCCUAUCAUUCAAAGCUCCAUGAAACCAUUAGAGGACAUGGAUCUUUCCAGGAUGACUGAGAGACUUCUAAGAUUAGCUGUUCCUAAUCAUUUGAUGUGGCUCAUGUUUUUCUACUGGUUCUUCCACUCGUCUUUAAACUUCACUGCUGAGCUGCUGCGCUUUGGAGACAGACAGUUCUACAAGGACUGGUGGAACUCUGAGUCAGUGACAUAUUUUUGGCAGAACUGGAACAUCCCUGUACACAAGUGGUGUCUACGCCACUUUUACAAGCCGCUGCUGAGGAGAGGAUUCAGUAAAAUAGUCAGCCAAUCAGCUGUCUUCUUCUUGUCGGCUUUCUUCCAUGAGCUUCCAUUAGCCUGGUUUGUUGGUCACUUCCUACGUGGUAACUACAGCAACGCUGCAGUGUGGAUGUCGAUCAUCAUUGGUCAGCCAUUUGCCGUCCUGAUGUACGUCCAUGACUAUUACGUCCUGCACUACAGACAGACUGACUGAUAUGUACACACACACACACACACACACACACACACUUACUUGUACAAAACCCCUUACACAAAAAUCUACUUUUUCCUAAUUGGACUCUACUUUUUCCCUCCCAGUUGGGAGAAAGUCGCCAAUUAACAGGUCUUUAGUCUGAAAUGUGUCCCUAAAUGUAGACUAUGUUGGACCACAAUCAUACAUACAUAUCUACCAUCUAUCCUUACUUUGCUUCAUCCUUUAUGUCUCUCGACAG